AUGCCUUCGGCCGUUUGCAGUUCCGAAUUUAAGGCAGAGCUGUCGGGAAUUCUCCAAAGAUUCCUUUGCGACGUCAAUUAUCAAAUUUUGCCUGCAAAUGACGAUUCUGCUAUUGAUGAGGAGGUAAAACAAUAUUUCCAAAAUCAGGCCUUGUCCGAUUUCUACCUGGCAAAAUUGACACGGGCAGUCAAUCCAAGCCUCGUGAUCGCCAAACUGGCAUAUCAAUCCACACCCUUUGACGUGCGAGUGGCUGUUGCAAUCUUUACCACAUAUUCCAUCGCCAUUGACGACGCUGUCGAUAAUGCGACCAUGCGAGAUGAUCUCAAACAAUUCAGUCGAUGUCUGCUCAGUGGCCAAAAGCAAAAGAAUGAAAUGCUUGAGUCUUACGCCAAAUUUCUAAGUAACACGAUACAUGCCACAUUUGGCCAGUUCUCCGGUGAUUUGAUCAUCAAAGAUGCCCUUCAGUUCAUCAGCGCUUGCUAUGUUGAAGCCGAGUGCAAGGAAACACUUGAGUUUCCGGCAUCGGCGCCUGAUUUUGCCAACUAUUUUCGUCUCAAAACCGGAGAGCCAGAGGCAUAUGCAGUGAUGUUGUUUCCUAGCUCGCAAUUCACUGAGCAUGAGUUUAUCGCCUACUGUCUGCCAGCAGUGCCAUACCUAAUCUCGUUGAUGGACUGGGGGAACGACAUCAUGUCAUUCUAUAAAGAAUGCCAGGAAAGGGACACAUGCAACUUCGUAACCAACUCCUCCAAAUCCCACGGUCAGACACCCAUUCAAUUUUUGCAGACCCUCUGUGAUGACCUUGUUGAUGCGAUUUGUCAUUUGCGCGAGAUAGGAAAGUCCCAUCCUAAGCUAUCUGCCAGUCUAGAAUCGAUCAUUUCUGGUUAUAUGCUUUAUCAUAUAACUGCAAAGCGAUAUCGCCUGGCAGAGCUAGAUAUUUUUCCUAGUUCCAAGAGGCUCGGGGUUUUAUGA